AUGUCGCACCUGCAAGCUUCGAAAUUGUUCUCCAUCCACGGAUGUGUUGCUGUUGUGACCGGGGCUGGAAGUGGAUUGGGACGUACAAUGGCCCUUGCGCUAGAUGCGAACGGUGCCUCAAAGGUCUUCAUCAUUGGCCGACGCGAGGACAAGCUACAAGAGACUGCAUCCCUCGCAAUCAACAAGACAAUCAUAACCAUCAAGGGCGACGUCUCAUCUAAGGAAUCAUUACAGGCGGCCUACGACUCCAUCGCAUCUCAGACGGACCAUGUCGACCUCUUGAUCGCAAACAGCGGUGUGAUGGGUCCAUCUGCUCGCCCGCCAGCCGCAAAAGCGGACGGGUCAAAACCAAGCCUCGCAGAAGUCCGUGAUCAGCUAUGGUCUGUACCCAUGGAGGAUUUUUCCAAGGUCUUCGAUAUCAACAUCACAGGGUCAUAUUAUACUGUUCUCGCUUUCCUGCCUCUGCUUGAGGCAACGAAUAAGAGGAGACCGGCACCUGAGAAGAAUAAGCUCUCCCCACCGACUGCGCAGGUUGUCAUCACCAGUUCGAUUGCGGGUUUCAUUCGGCAGGUGCCCUUCAGUUUUGCGUACAGUCUUUCCAAAUCUGCAGUGAAUCAUCUUGUCAAGAUGCUUUCGACUACGCUGAGCUCGUACGAUAUCCGAGUCAAUGGCAUUGCGCCAGGCCUAUAUCACUCGGAGAUGUCUGCGGAAGCAUUCAAGGGCGGAGAUAGGGGCAUUUCUGACGGGUCGUUCCCACGCGAAAGGAUUCCCCUCACGAGAGGUGGUAGUGAGGAAGACAUCGCGGGUCUGAUUCUUUGGCUGGCGAGUGCUUCCGGUGGCUACAUCAAUGGUAGCAUCAUCGUCACUGAUGGAGGACGAACCGCAGUCCACCCGGCAUCGUAUUAG